AUGGAAAAAAAAAAAGUAAACAUUAUGGUCUGUGGAAAACCCGCCUCCUCCGUUUCCUGCGGGGUGCUGGGAGCCGGUGUCCAGCCUGAGGGAUCACGGCGCGCCUUUCUUUUUGCUUCUAGAGAGAGUGUAAAGGAGAAAGCGAGGCGCCGCUUGAGGCAGUUCGAUGUCGGAGACAAAUUCUCCCGGUUGCCGCUGCGCAAAGCCUCUGUCCUCCUGCCGCUGAUGGUGCGGGAGGGGAAGCUGCACCUGCUGCUGACGGUCCGGUCGCUGCAGCUGAGAAGAUCACCAGGGGAAGUGUGUUUUCCAGGAGGUAAAAGAGAAGCAACUGAUGUAGAUGAAAUUGAUACAGCUCUCCGAGAAGCCAAAGAAGAAGUGGGACUCCAGCCAGAGAAGGUGGAAGUUGUCUGUAGGCUUGUGCCUGGAAUUGAUAAAAUGAAUCACUUGGUAACACCAGUUGUAGGAUUUAUAGAGGAUACAUUCCAGGCCACUCCUAAUCCAGAUGAAGUGAGUCAUGUUUUUGUUGUGCCACUGGAGUAUUUUGUCAAGCCCUUAAAUUACAACACAUUGCCUUUCAAAACUUCCUCUGGUUAUUCAAGUCGGAUGCACUGCUUUAUGUAUGAGGACCAUGAACAUCAAAUGUCAUUCAAGAUAUGGGGACUUACUGCUCACUUUGCUGUAUUUCUUGCUCUUGUAAUUUAUGGAAAGAGACCCACUUUUGAAGUUGACUAUGAUCUUAACAACUUAAUUUCAUCUGCUGAGAAUAACUUCAUGAAUUUAUAUGCAUCCUUACAUGAAAGAAAGAAGAGUAAUCUGUGAGAAACUGGUCUGGGAGUUAAUGAAAGGAGGAAAAAGGCUUUUGUUUAUUUUCUUUGUACCUAUUAUUUGUU